CCCGCCGCCACGCCCGCCGCAGGCCUGGGGCCAGUCACCCGGGGGUCAGAGUCCCGCAGCCGUUCGCGCCCCGCCCCUCUCCGCCGUGGGACGAGUAACGGUUACGAAGCACUUUUCUCCGCCACGAUUUCUGCUUAGUCAUUGUCUUCCAGGAAACAGCUUCCACAGUUUAGAGUCAACUCUCCGCCGGCGGCGGCAGACGCCAGAGACGCAGCAGCCGGAGCCGCAGCCUCAGCGCCUCCCUCCCGGGCCGCCGCUCCGCCGCCGUCCGGCCUCCUCCAGCCGGAGCGCACAUCGGGCUCCCGCCACGCGGGUCAAAAGCCUCGCGCUCGUCCCUGCGGCCUCGGGAACCGCGUCCUACGAGAUAGCCGCCUUCCCGCCCGCCCCGUCACCUCCUGGCUCCUCGGGCAGCCGCUUCCAUGGGCACCGACAGCCGCGCGGCCGGGGCGCUCCUGGCGCGGGCCCGCACUCUGCACCUGCAGACCGGGAACCUGCUGAACUGGGGCCGCCUGCGGAAGAAGUGCCCUUCCACGCACAGCGAGGAGCUUCGAGAUUGUAUCCAAAAGACCUUGAAUGAGUGGAGUUCCCAAAUCAGCCCAGAUUUGGUCAGGGAGUUUCCAGAUGUCUUGGAGUGUACUGUAUCUCAUGCAGUAGAAAAGAUAAAUCCUGAUGAAAGAGAAGAAAUGAAAGUUUCUGCAAAACUGUUCAUUGUAGGAUCAAAUUCUUCAUCAUCAACUAGGAAUGCAAUUGACAUGGCCUGUUCAGUCCUUGGAGUUGCACAACUGGAUUCUGUGAUCAUUGCGUCACCUCCUAUUGAAGAUGGAGUUAAUCUUUCCUUGGAGCAUUUACAGCCUUAUUGGGAGGAAUUAGAAAACUUAGUUCAAAGCAAGAAGAUUGUUGCUAUAGGUACCUCGGAUCUAGAUAAAACACAGUUGGAGCAGCUCUAUCAGUGGGCACAGGUAAAGCCAAAUAGUAACCAAGUUAAUCUUGCUUCUUGCUGCGUGAUGCCACCUGAUUUAACUGCAUUUGCUAAACAGUUUGACAUACAGUUAUUGACUCAUAAUGAUCCAAAAGAACUGCUCUCUGAAGCAAGUUUCCAAGAAGCUCUUCAGGAAAGCAUCCCUGACAUUCAAGCACAUGAGUGGGUACCACUGUGGCUGCUGCGAUACUCUGUCAUUGUGAAAAGUAGAGGAAUUAUUAAGUCCAAAGGCUACAUUUUGCAAGCCAAAAGAAGGGGUUCUUAACUACAACUUAGGGUCAUUAUUUACCUGUGUUUUCCUUGAAUAUAAGAUAAAAUUGAGAUGUAUAAAAAUCAAUCUGUUGCCUAUAAAUAGUGUCAUUUAGGCACAUAUUCUUUAGCUGUAUUUGACAGAAUGUUGUCUAUCAACUUUUGAUUACUUCUCUUGCCUCCAUCAGUCCAGUCACAUGAACCACUGUAUUGUUUUCAUUAAACUAUUAUUUUCUAAUUGAAAUUGUCUAGAAAGAAAAUACUUGCAAUAUAUUUUUCCUUUAUUUUUAUGAGUAAUAAAAAUCAAGAAAAUUUGUUGUUAGAUAUAUUUUGGCCUAGACAUCAGGGUAAUGUAUAUACAUAUUUUUUAUUUCCCAAAAAAAUCAUUAAUUGCCUAUUACUCUAUAGUAUAACUAAGCAGUUUUAUUAUAAUUGUUAAAAUGAAAAUACUGGAAGAUAUUUUUUUCCUGUCAUUAGUAAAAUAAUUAUAUGUCAGAUUAAUUGGAGCAGUUGGAAUUUACCAGUGGUGUAAAUAAAAUUCAUUCUUCAGUAUAUGAAUGGAAACUUAAAAAAAAAAUUUAUGUGUUCUUGCUUGUAGUUUAGCUAUGAGAUUUAACCGUAUAUUCUUGUGCCAUAUUUUCUCUUCCUAUUAUUUAAAAGGGCAAACCAAAGUAAACCUGAAAAGGAAACUAGAAACUGAAAAUAUUGUUUGGGAGCUUUGUAAAAGCAUUCACUAUCUCCAGAUUCUUUGUAAUUCUUAAUCCAUCCUUGGUAUAUUGCUCCUCAUUCAAGAAUAUUCAUUAAGUAUUACACUUACCACAUGCUGGGCCCUACAGGCUCUGGAGAGUGGAGGGGUGCACAGAGCUAAGGAUUAAGAUUCAGUUGAAUAAAAUGUGUGAUAUGUAUUCCCCAUUAGUAAUGGACUAGGAGGGACUAAAGCCAGAAAAUGCUUUUUAAAAAUUCUUUAAUUCAGGGCCAAUAUUGUCUGUUCAGACAACUUGGUUUGAGAUGUGAUCUUAACUAUUUUAUUUUAUGAUAUUUUGGUGUUGAGAAUUGAACCCAGGGCCUUACAUGCUGAGCACAUAAUCUACCACUGAGUCACUCUCCCAGCCUAGAUUUAAUUAAUUUAAAGCAGAACAAUAUAAUCAAGAUUAUAUGGUAAUUUAGUGUAAUUCCUCAUGAGUUUAAGAAUCAAAAAAAUUACAAAUUAAAUAAGCUGUUACCUUUGAUAUAUACUAUAGCUCUCCUUAAUUCCAUAUACUUAUAUCAGUAAACCAAAUAGUUUGAAAAAUUCUUUGAAAUUUUCUACAUCUCAAAUUUUCUGAACUUAGGGAAAUGAAGUAUGGUUCCAUGUUCAACAAUAGAAUCUUUUCCUAAGUAAGGUUUUGUGGUUUUCUGGUUAGAAAAAUUAAUCAUUAGAAUCAUAACAUGAAAUCAACUGAUUUACCUGCUAAAACUUGUUUAGACUUUGAACUUCUUAAAGACUUUUAGCUUUUAUAUUAAUUGUAUAAUAUUAUUAGUAUAUAGUUAACUUCUUAAUUUGAAAAUAUACAUUUUUCGUAUAGUGUAAAUCUUUAAGUGGUCAUUUUAUUUUAAAUUUGUGUAGUAAGCUGGCUGAGGUAUUUUAAAGGGGAACUUGAAUAUCACACAUUUAUCAUUUUUUAAAACCCAUAACUUAUAAAAAUGGAUUGUGUAAAGGGUUAUUUUGAAAAUGGAGGGAAAAAAGAACAACAUUGUUGAUAAUAUCCAAGCUUCAUCAGGAGCUUUUUUCUUCUCUGCCCUACGCCCCAAGAAGCAAGAUUGUAGAUUCAUUUUGUGAAGGGGAUCAUGUAUGGAAUUUUUUAAUGAGUUGUUUCACUCUGUACUCUGAAUUUUUGUUGCUGAAUAACCUUAAAACAAACAAACAAAAAAAAC